AUGACGAAGAGGACGAAAAAGGCUGGGAUCGUCGGCAAGUACGGUACCCGAUAUGGUGCCAGUCUGCGGAAGCAGGUGAAGAAGAUGGAAGUCAGCCAACACGCUAAAUACUUCUGCGAGUUCUGCGGCAAGUUCUCUGUGAAGCGUCAAGUGGUUGGCAUCUGGCACUGCAAGCACUGCAACAAGACCAAGGCAGGCGGCGCCUACGUGCUCAACACGGCGGCUGCUGUGACGUCUUGCGGAAUCAUGUCAGGAGGCAAAGUGUCGUUCAAGGUCACGCUGACGUCAGACCCGAAGCUACCUUAUAAAGUAUUCAACGUGCCAGAGGAGGCGCCCUUCACAGCGGUGCUCAAAUUCGCUGCGGAGGAGUUCAAAGUGCCGCCACAGACCAGCGCCAUCAUCACCAACGAUGGAGUGGGUAUUAAUCCUCAACAGAGUGCUGGCAACGUGUUCUUGAAGCAUGGUUCUGAUCUCCGGCUUAUUCCACGUGACCGCGUUGGUGGCUGCACCUACUGCUGA